AUGGUAGUUGAGGUAGCAAGAAUGGAUUUUGAGACUUCAUUCGAUGAGUAUAGCAUUGGAGAAUCUGCGAAACGAUUCAUUGCCCUUGAAGUUUCUGACCAUGAGGACGAUUACAAUUCAUCUGUCGAUUCAUUCCAUGAGAGUAACAUUGGGUUUGUGGCUGAUGUAGACACUGAACGCGUUUCACAAAGUGCAGCCGUUGCACCAACUUUAGAGCAUGCUUCCAUAACAACUGGCCAAGAAGAGACAGGGAAAGGGGACUCAGUUAGCGUAGCAUCAACUUCCGGCAUCGAACCACCACUUGCAACAAGUAACGGUAAUAGUGCUGGUAACAUUAGACCACAUAAGGAUGAGAAGAAGCGGUGGUCCUUUAUUUCAACUAAUAGUUCCAGUAAAAAAAGGUGGUCUACUUUAUCAUUUGUUAGCGAUACAAAAUCAAACAAACGGUUAUCCGUUGUUAGCACCGAAUCUUCUUCGAAAAGGUCCAGUGUACAGUCACUGAGCAAACAAUCUUCAACAAACAAAUUAAAACGAUCCAGCACCGGUGCGUCACUGAGAUCAAUGUUUAACAAGAUAGCGUUGAAAGAUGAGGAUAAAGAAAAUUCAGGGGUCAUGUUGGCUCAUAAGAGAGGACAAUCCACAACGUUGGCUAGUUCUUUUACUGUUUCUGCUAAGGCACAACCCACUCCUUCUGCUAGGAUUCCAUUAAAACCAAUUAAUCAGAACAACAAACGCGAACAAAGAUUUAGCACAAUACCAAUGUCACCAUCUAUGGAUAACAUGAGUAUGUUUUCGCAACAAAGUAACUCAUCUAUGGGUACUAGGUGGAAGUUUUGGAAAAGAAAACAGGAUUGCCCACAGGAUUCCCGUUUCAUGCAAGACUCCAAUAUAUCAAUGCGUAACAAAUCAUCUCUUUCAGAUCUUAGAAAAUCGAUCUUCCAAAACUCUAUGAUGGGCCAAUCAGAGCCAACUCAAGAUUUGAAAUCAAGAAGAUCACAUUCUUCUUUGCAGCACAAAAGCUCGCAUUCUUCUUUGAAGCAGAAAAGUUCGCAUCCAUCUUUGAAGAAAUUGCAUAGCAGAAGAAAUUCCAGUAUAGCAUCCAACGAUUCGUCGGCCCCACAGAUCUCAUUGCCAAUCCCUGAUCAAGUUUCCAGAGAUAAGAUUAGGACCAAACUAAGACAUUCAAGCUCCUUGAUCUCUAUCAAUAGUAAUAUAUUGGGAGGCUCCGUCAUUAUUGCGGAAACUGAUGAAUAUGAUGAAUCUGUGUUGCAGCAAAUGCUGGAUUUAUGCACUGUGAAAGAGAUUCUACCUUUUACCAAUUCACCGCAUCUAAGACAAUUGGAUCAUUACAUCUAUAUUGAUUCCAAUGAUUAUACCAUUUAUAAAAUCGUUCCUUUGGACAACGAUGACAGAGAGUGCAAAAUGACAAGACAGAUGAGGCUACAAGAAUUGCAAUUGACCAUGCUCAUGAACGGAACACCAGGUUUUGUCAACGUACUGGAUGUUAAAAUUAUCAGAAGGGAAGAUGAUCAAACUUUGUUUUUGGUAUACCACAUGAAAAACCACGGGAAAAGUUUGAAUCAACUCAUAUCAAAUGAACAUCGGAAAUUCAGUGUCACAGAAAUUAAGGAUAUAAUCACUCAAUGCAUAAGAAUCCUAUACGUAGCUGAAACGAAGUUCCAAUUCGAACAUAGGCUGUUGACAUUGGAUCACGUUUUGAUCGACUCUUCUAAAAAUAUAACACUGGUGGAUUACAAAUUGUCCAGGGUAAAAUAUGGAUCGCAGGUAUUGUUUACAAGACUCGACCAUCCGUUAUUCUUUGAAUUCCGUAAGGAUUACAACACAGUGCUUCAAUGGCUCAGACAAUCUAUGACCGUAGACAGCUGGCCAUUGUUCCAUCCAAAGACAAAUUUGGUAUGGGUGAAUUAUGUAGUGACAAAACUACAGCACAAUUGCAAAGACCCGCAAACUCCUUCUCCAUUGUUGAAUAAAAUACAAUCUAGCUUGGAGUCCACCAAAUCCCGAAAACUCUGGAAACGUCAUGAUGGACAAAUCGAAAGCUGUGCUGAUAUAGUAAGUUUUUUGUGA